GGCACGUGACAGCCGGCCGGCCGGACCGGCCCGCAGUCCGGCGGGCCUUGGAUCUUGGGGUCUCCGCGCGCUCGCAGGCUCGCCGGCGCGUCAUGAAGCUGGCACGGCGCGCGUGGCGGCACCGGACGACGCUGGGCCUGGUCGGCCUGGUGCUGUGCGGCGCCGCGCUCCUCUAUCUGGCGCGCUGCACGGCCGAGGGUCCUGGUCCGUCGCCCGGCCGCAGCCCCGGGGCCCUGCCCAUCGGACCCGGACGCGCCAGUGCCUUCCUGGCCGUGUUGGUGGCCAGCGCGCCGCGGGCGGCGGAGCGGCGCAGCGUAGUCCGCGGCACGUGGCUGGCGGCGGCGCGGCGCGGCGGCCCAGGCGACGUGUGGGCGCGCUUCGCGGUGGGCACGGCCGGCCUGGGCGCCGAGGAGCGGCGCUCCCUGGAGCGCGAGCAGGCGCGGCACGGGGACUUGCUGCUGCUGCCCACGCUGCGCGACGCCUAUGAGAACCUCACCGCCAAGGUGUUGGCCAUGCUGUGCUGGCUCGAUGAGCACGUAGGCUUCGAGUUCGUGCUCAAGGCAGACGACGACUCGUUCGUGCGGCUGGAUGCGCUGCUGGCCGAUCUGCGUGCCCGCGACCCAGCGCGCCGCCGCCGCCUCUACUGGGGCUUCUUCUCAGGCCGCGGCCGCGUCAAGCCGGGGGGUCGCUGGCGUGAGGCGUCCUGGCAGCUCUGCGACUACUACCUGCCCUAUGCGCUGGGCGGCGGUUACGUGCUCUCUGCCGACCUGGUGCACUACCUGCGCCUCAGCCGGGAGUACCUGCGCCUGUGGCACAGUGAGGACGUGUCGAUGGGCGCCUGGCUGGCGCCCGUAGACGUGCAGCGUGAACACGACCCGCGCUUUGACACCGAGUACAAGUCCCGCGGGUGCAGCAACCAGUACCUGGUGACGCACAAGCAGAGCCUGGAGGACAUGCUGGAGAAGCACCAGACGCUGACGCGAGAGGGCCGCCUGUGCAAGCAGGAGGUGCAACAGCGCCUCUCCUACGUCUAUGACUGGUCUGCGCCGCCCUCGCAGUGCUGCCAGAGGAAGGAGGGCGUCCCCUGAGCGCUGCCGCUGCCAUGAUGGAGGGGCAGCAGCAGUGGGUCCCUUUUGGAGCCCCCGUUGGUCUUACACCGGGAAAGGUGACACGUCUGGCUGGAUGAGCCCAGCGCUCGAGGGGAACCUAGUCUCGUGACCAGUGGGGCUUUCGGGCAAAUGCCACACAGCAACAGACAGCUCCUAGGCCCCUGCCCCAUCAGUGGCCACACCUCCAGUCUUGCUCCAAGGCAUCUCGCUGUGGGUCUGGGAGACCCUGGGGCUGCUAGGGCAACGAAUGUGUUGUGUCCAGGUGGAAGUGUCCUGCCCCCAGAUUUCAGCCAGCAUUUGCCUGGACUGGGAAGAUGCCCAGCUUCGGGGAUGAGCCGGGGAGAACCUUCCCAGUCUGCAGAAGGCUCUGGCCCUCCCCCUACAACUCCCUGACACCUGCCUGUCUUCCUGCUGUCCUGACCCGAGGCCGAAGCGAGGAGCUGAAGGCUGGAGCUGGCCCCUGGCACAGAUCUGACUUGUACUGGGUGGGGACUGUGGCCCACCCUGCAUCCACUGUGCUGACCGUCCGUCCACCUGCAGGCCCUGAGCAGCCACAGUGUGUCCGUGGUGCGGUUGGGCGGCGUUUACGGGAACUGCCACCGUCUCGUGGGGUCGGGCCACCCCCUUUGUGUCUCCUUCGGUGUCAGUCACGUGUCAGUCCGGAUCAGCCUUCGUUUGAUGUUGAGUAGCUUUGGUGUCCACGUCAGCGCCUGCCUGUGAUUAUGUAUAAACAUUGUAAAUUUGUGUAGAUAAGAGCUCCCGUCGGGAGCGUGUGGGUCUCAGUGUUUUCUAAAUUAUUUGAGAAGAUUUUUGUAUCAGAACUUGGAACUUGUGGAUUAAUCUGUUUUCACAGUGUGAACCGUAGACUGUGGCCGCAUGUGUGUUUAAGCAUGGAAGAAUUUCUAAACCGUCCAUUUUUCUUUUCAGUUUACACAUAAGUCAGCCCCGUUGU